UCCAGGGCUGCAGAUCUGCAGAUCCGGCUGCGUGUGUGUCGCGCUGGAUACGCAUAACAGAAAGCAAGACUCCUGCCGGUAAAAACUGGACGUGUGUGUACGCGCGCGUGUGUGUUUAGUCAUGAUAUCCAGUGAGUUCCACCUGAGCCGGGCAUGUAGUUAACCGGUUUCCUGGGCGUGGGGAGGACGAAGGAAGCAGCUUGUCUACUUGUUUGUCUCGUGGGAAUAUUGUUUGAACUAAAACUUCAGCAGUGACCUCAGCUGCUGCGAAGACGUUUCAUUUUUUGCUCCAGUUUGGCUCGUUUUUAGACCAGUUUCCUCACACCAGGAUGUAAAUUUGGGAACUUUUUUCGAAGGACCGUUGACACAGAGGACGAGUUUUAUAUUUUCUAACUUUUGAUACCUUUUAGGGGAAUACACAGAGAGAAAACACGGCUGUACAGUAAGCGACAAAUCAGCGGCACAUCCAGAGGAGCGGAGACGGAGGUGGUCCAACGGGCCUGAACAGAGAACAGGAGAGUUUGGUGGUUGAUGUCAUCAGUGAUCCACAGGCCUGAACGCUGAACAGACGUGAUGGAGCGGUGGUGGGCGUGGCAGUGUGCCAUGGUCGUCCUGGCAACCCUUUGCGCGUUGACCACGGGAGUGGAUGAGGUGGCGUUCCCGUCUGACACGCUGAUCAACAACGUGGUGAGCGACCCGCGCUCGGGCCGGCUGUACGUCGGCGCCGUCAACGCGCUCUACCAGCUGAGCGCCGACCUGAAGCUGGAGUCGCGCAGCGAGACGGGCCCCAAGCGGGACAACCGCCAGUGCACACCGCCCGUCACCGACGCCUGCGAGGAGGCCGUGGACACGGACAACCACAACAAGCUGCUGCUGGUGCAGGAGGCCAAGGACGUGCUGGUGGUGUGCGGCAGCGUGUUCCGCGGCAUCUGCUCGCUGCGGAACCUGAGCAGCGUGGAGCAGCUGCUGUACUUCAGCGACACCAAGGGGGAGAAGUCGUACGUGGCGAGCGUCGAGGAGAGCGUCUCCGUGGUGGGGGUGAUGUCAUACUUCACCAAGGACAGAGACAACUUCACGGUCUUCCUGGUCGGUAAGGGGUACGGCAGCCACGACAGCACCAAGCUGAUCUCCACCCGCAUCCUCCAGGACUACGGCGAUUGGGUGGUGUUCGACAGCAUCAUCGAGGCCUCGGCAGUGCAGGCCAACCCCUUUGUCCUGCGCUACCUCCACGACUUCCGCUUCGCCUUCAAGGACGGCGGCUUCGUGUACUUCCUGUUCUCGCGCACGCUGGGCGUCCAGGACACCAAGAACUUCACCUUCAUCUCCAGGAUGUGCGAGGACGACCAGGGUUACUACUCCUACACCGAGCUGCAGCUCAACUGCAGCGUCAACAACAAGUACAACAAAGUGCAGGCUGCCUAUGUAGCAACACCAGGGGAAGUUUUGGCUCAGAAUAUGACCCGAUCAGGCGAGCAUGGACCAGUUUCAGCCUCUGACAAGGUGCUGUUUGUCGCCUUCACUUCUGAUGAAGACCCAUCUACUUCAGCCUUGUGCAUGUACCCUCUUCACUCCAUUAAUAAGAGGCUGGUGGAGAUAAUAGGAGCCUGUUACAGCAACGACGGCAUCAUUAACGGGAAGGGCGCCGUCUACUCGCCUUACUCCUCCAAGUCGGAAGAGCUGUGCAGCAGCAACAAUCAGAAGGACAUGGCCCUGAGAUACAAGUGUGGAGCCGAGUUCCUGCCCUCCCCAUUGGCCAGCAAGGCCGAGUUGGCCUUAACGUCUGAGCCCUUAUUCCAUCGUAAGUUUCACAUAACGGCCGUGGCUGUGGCUGUGGAAAUGGAGCACGCUGUGGCGUUCCUGGGCACCACCACCGGAGAGGUGCUGAAGGUGCAUCUGUCGGCCCAUCCGGACGUGUACGGGCGGGAGCCGGCCGAAGUCACGGGAGACAAGGUCAACAAGAACCUGCUGUUCGAUCCCAAGCUCGAACACCUGUACAUCACCACCGAGAAAAAGAUCACCAAGGUUCCAGUCCAGGCCUGCCACCUGAAGACAGACUGCCACUCCUGCAUCUCCAUGAAGGAUCCGUACUGUGGCUGGUGUGUCCUGGAGGGAAAGUGCACCAGGAAGAAGGAGUGCAGCAGGUGGAGGGAGGAGAACACCUGGCUGUGGUCGCCCGGUCAGAAGUGUGUUCAGAUCGAGGCCUUCGACCCCCCGAACAUCAGCUGCAAGAAGACCCAGCAGGUUGACAUAAAGAUUCCCUCCCUGCCCAUCCUGAGGAGUUCUGAUCGGCUGCAGUGUGUGUUCGGCACUUUCUCAAGCAAUGCCGUGGCGGUCGUUGUCGACGGCCAGGUGCAGGUCACCUGUUCGCUGCCCGAGCCCGUGGGAAUCCCACCCACUCCGCAGCAGCAGGACUACUUGUCGGUCCCAGUCAAAGUUCUGGUGAACGACAACAUCGAGGUGACGUCUGGAGAGUAUGACUUCUACAGCUGUGCUGCCACAGUCAGGAAGAACCCAAACACACCGUGUAUAGCGUGUGUGAACAGUACAUGGGGCUGUCAGUGGAACGCUGAGGAUCACAUCUGCAGUGACAACGAUGAUGCUGUAGCUGGGGAACGCAUUGUUAAACCAAAACAGAGUGACAGCUGUCCUCAGUUUGAGUCUCCGGAGCCGCAGUUGAUCCCCGUGGGCUUUCAGAUCCCCAUCAGCUUCCAGGGGAGGAACCUGGGCCACAUGGCACAGAGCUUUUCCAUCGGGACCGAGCUGAUGAAGGACACGGAGGCGACGGUCACCAAGGAGCAGGGGUCGAAGUUCAAAUUCCCCGGUUACGAGUUUGCCUAUGACAAGCAGCAGGAGGUGAGCGUAUCGUUCCAUAUUAAAGACAAAGUCACUGAGAGGAAGAUUGACAGCACCCUGACAGUCGUGCUGUAUAACUGCUCCGUGGGACGGGAGGACUGCAGUCUGUGUAAACACGCAGAAGCCAAGUACCAGUGUGCCUGGUGUGCAGCCACACGCACCUGUGUUUACCGGGAUCUCUGCCCGUCAUCACAGCCACAGCCACAGUGCCCCAACCCGGAGAUCACAGACAUCAUUCCUCGCUUCGGCCCUCUGAACGGUCAGAUCUCCGUGACCAUCAAAGGCUCCAACAUGGGAAUAAAGAGGGAAGACAUCAAGAGGAUCACAGUGGCCGGGGUGAACUGUGUUCACCAGGGGGACAGAUAUUCUGUCUCUACCAGUGUGGUGUGUGAGAUCGGCCCAGCGAAGAGAAUUCCACCGUCUGACAUCCCUCCCGAAAUCUCCUACACUGGAGCAGUGGAGAUAGAAGUAGAGGGAGGAAGAACAGGGACGUCUAAGGUUGAAUUCACCUAUCGGGACCCCAAACCCAUGUCUGUCCACCCAGCGAAGGGUCCAGCAGCCGGGGGAACCGUGAUCACUAUCGAGGGAGAGGACCUGAACACGGCAACUAAAGAGGACGUGUCCGUCAGUGUCGGGGGGGUUCCCUGUGAAGUCCUGAAGUUUGACUCCGAGAUCACCUGUAAGACUGGGAAGUACCGCGCGCCCUCGGAACCGUUAACGGUGACGGUGAAAUACGGUAAAAACACCACCAAAGACAUCCCAGCAGCGUUCCAGUACUCCGAAAACCCCAAGAUCACAGAUUAUACCCCCAAGACCAGCUUUCUUUGCGGUGGUCGAAGGAUUGUGGUGAUGGGAAGCGGUUUUGAUCUGAUCCAGAGAGCCACAAUGAAAGUCCUGCCCUCCCCCAACGAGCUUUCACAGAACACCACACCUGUGGAGUUUGUGGUGGAGGCUCAGAGUAAGAACGACACCGUCCUCCAGUUCGACUCGCCGGCGGUGAACUGCUGCGUGGACGGCCAGCCCCUCCGGACGCUCGUCCAGCUGGACGACAUGAAGGAGGACCUGAAGGGCUUCGACUACCACGCCAACCCUUCCUUCAACCAGCUGUCCAAGAACAUCAUCACCGAGACCAGCAUCAUCAUCGUCACUGGUCGAGGUUUCUCCAAGGCGAUGACAGCCAAAGAGGCCCAGGCGUUUGUAGGAGACGCCUCCUGUCAUGUUAACAUACUGCAGGAUGAUAAGUUGAUCCUGGAGGCUCCUUCCUCGCAGCCUAGAUCCAGAUCCAAACGCCAACGCAGAGACACAGCCAACGACCUGCUGGAGCUCAUGGUAAAGUUCGGUCAUGGCGAGUGGAUGGUGGGUUCAGUCUACUACGCCAGAAAAGACGACAUCCCUCUGGCUAUAAUCAUCCCCGCAGUCAUCGUACCCAUGCUGCUCUUCAUCGCCGUGUCCGUGUACUGCUACAGGAGGAAGAGUCAGCAGGCAGAACGAGAAUACGAGAAGGUGAAACACCAGCUGGAUAAUCUGGAGGAGAGUGUCCGAGAUCGCUGCAAGAAAGAGUUCACAGAUCUGAUGAUUGAAAUGGAGGACCACACCAGUGACCUUAGCGAGGCCCGGAUCCCCUUCCUGGACUACAAAGUCUACACCGACCGAAACUUCUUCCUGCCGUCCAAGGACGGCGCCAACGACACCAUGAUCACAGGGAAAAUCCAAAUCCCAGAAGCCCGCAAGGCCAUCGUGGCUCAGGCGCUCAACCAGUUCUCCAACCUGCUGAACAGUAAAACCUUUCUCAUCAAUUUCAUCCACACGUUGGAGAGUCGGCCGGACUUCAACGCACGCUCUCGGGGUUAUUUUGCCUCCCUGCUGACGGUGGCGCUGCACGGCAAACUGGAGUAUUACACGGACAUCAUGAGGACGCUGCUGCUGGAGCUGAUGGACGAACACGUGCAGAACAAAAACCCCAAACUCAUGCUCCGGAGGUCAGAGACGGUGGUGGAGAGGAUGCUCUGUAAUUGGAUGUCCAUCUGUAUCUAUCAGUUCCUCAGGGACACGGCAGGGGAGCCUUUAUACAAACUGUUCAAGGCCCUGAAGCACCAGGUGGAGAAAGGGCCGGUGGACGCCAAGAUGAAGAAAGCCAAAUACACUCUGAAUGAUACGGGACUGCUGGGGGACGACGUGGAGUACUCUGUACUGACUCUGCAGGUGCUGGUGCACGGAGAGGGACCAGAUGUGACUCCAGUGAAGGUGUUGAACUGUGACACCAUCUCCCAGGUGAAAGAGAAGAUCAUCGAUCAGGUGUACAGGAAUCUGCCGUACUCGCAGAGACCGGAGGUGGAGAGUGUUGCCCUCGAGUGGCGUCCUGGCUCCACGGGUCAGAUCUUGUCCGACCUGGACCUCACGUCCCAGAGAGAGGGACGCUGGAAGAGACUCAACACCCUGGCUCAUUACAACGUUCGAGAUAACGCCACGUUGGUUCUGUCCAGAGUUUUGCACACACAGUCUUUCCACCAGCAUCAAGACAGCUACGAAGAGAAAAACGCCCUGCUGGAGGACGACAACACCUUCCACCUGGUGAGGCCGGCGGAUGAAAUCGAUGAAGGGAAGUCAAAGAGAGGCAGCAUGAAGGACAAGUCCAUGACCAAAGCCAUCACUGAGAUCUACCUGACCCGGCUGCUGUCUGUCAAGGGCACUUUGCAGCAGUUUGUGGACGAUUUCUUCCGCAGCGUUUUGUGCGCGAGCACCGUCGUCCCUCCUGCCGUCAAAUACUUCUUUGACUUCCUGGACGAACAGGCGCUGAGACACGACAACGUGGACGAGGAGACGCUGCACAUCUGGAAGACUAACAGCUUGCCUAUGCGGUUUUGGGUAAACAUCCUGAGAAACCCCGACUUCAUCUUCGACGUGCACGUGACGGAGGUGGUGGACGCGUCGCUGCACGUCAUCGCCCAGACCUUCAUGGACGCCUGCACCAAGACGGAGCACAAACUCAGCCGGGAGUCUCCCAGCAACAAGCUGCUCUAUGCAAAAGAGAUUUCCACGUACAAGAAGAUGGUGGACGAUUACUACAAGGGCAUCAGACAGAUGGUUCCAGUCAGUGACCAGGACAUGAACACACACCUUGCUGAGGUUUCCAGGCAACACACAGACAAGCUGAACACCCAGUUGGCCUUACAUCAGCUGUACCAGUACGCCAGCAAGUACUAUGAUGUGAUCAUCCAAUCUCUGGACGAGGACCCAGCAGCCCAGAAUAAACAGCUGACCCUCCGUCUGCAACAGAUCGCCGCCGCCCUGGAGAACAAGGUCACUGACCUUUGACCUCUGACCUCACGGAGGGGUCAGGGGGCGGAGCUAACGGCUACUAAAACACAGGAUGUUUUCCAUUUAAGGACUCAAAGGAGGACGAGCUCGCGGACUCUACCGAAUGUUUGACCGUGUAAGGACCAAAGUGGGAGGGGCUAGUGGAGCAACAGGAAGCUGUUGACCAUAUAAGGACUGAAGGUGUGUGUGUGUGGGGGGUGGGGGGGGGGGGUGGUCAUGGGACUCCAGGAGGGGUAAGGAAUGCCACUUUUGGACAAAUUAAGUGUAAAAAUAUACCCAGAGUUGUGGAAACUGAAGUGCUAGUAUCUACUACAGUUGUAUGGCGUACUUCCACUUGGCAUCCCGAAACAAAUACCAAGGAGGGAUGCAAAAUGGCGACCGUAGAUAGGAGCUCGGUGAAAUCAAAGGGUUAUUUUUGCAAUGGUAACUAUGGCAUUCGGUAUGUGUGAUCCUUGGACCUUGCUGUUUCUGUGUUUGGCUUCUGUACACCAUUCAUUCUAAGUUGAUCAUAUAAGGACUGAAGAAAACAAAAGUGCCACACAAGGAAUGAAGAUUUUGGAUAAUUAAAGAAGAUAAGUUAGGUAAUGAGACAUUACCAAGUAUUUUCUUUUUUGGAAGUUCGGAUUGGAAGUACAGCUGCUCCAGAAUGCUUUGUGACCACUUUUUCCUUAUCGUAUUCUAGCAAAGUCUAUGACCUGUGGAUGUGAGGUUAAUUUGCCUCCAACGCCUGAUCUGAGGUCAGUUUUUCUGUCUCCACACUAAAUGGUAACCAGAAUAGUCUCAUCUCUUGUCAGCAGCAGAGAACGUUUAAAAAAAAAACACUUUUACUUUUACCUUCAAGCAAGCUCAAAUAUAAAAUAAUCGACCAAUGAAAACCCACUACGGUACACACCUCUGGCCAAUCAGGCGUCUUGGUUUGUCUUGAUGGCAUAUUCGAGGAGAGUGAAUUCAGGGUACGAAGUCCAAAAAUUGAAUUGUUUUUUUUGUUAUAUCACGGCCAAAUGUCACUUUUCAUAUCAGAUUGUGUUUCUACGCUGAUGACACUGUGCUAGCGACUCAAAUCCCAGCUGAGUAAUUUCAUUUUUCAUUCUGUUUAGUUUUAGCAUUAUUAUUAUCUCUGUAUGCUGGCUUUAAGCAGAGGCUUUGCAUUUCCAUAUACACCAUGAAAACGAUCUUUUUAAUGGACUGAUACAGUGCCACUUGUAAAGUGUUAAUCAGGGUGGUCCAUGAUGUCAUAUCCUGUGUGUGUGUGUGUGUGCGUGUGUGAGUGUGUGUUCAAUAGUGAUAUCGACACCUUUGCCACUUUGUUGCUGAGGACCAGCUUGUUUUUACUUUCUGUGAAAAAUAAUGACUGCCUAAUCAUGUAGUCUACACCGCUAAACACUUUUAUUGUUAAGUGUGAUUUGUUUUUUAUAAUCUGUAUAAUUUCAACUUCUUUUGCAAGACUCCAUAUAUAAUGCUGCAUUACGUUUCUGCACACAUAAGAGGAAAUGACUCGUGUCUUCUGAAGACGGAGUAUCCACGGAUCCUUCAAAAGGCUUAAAAAUAAAUCUGAAAUUAAGUUGGUAAAGCGUUAAAAUGUAUUAGAUCCAGUUAUUAUAGGGCUUAUUCCUCCAUCGUGCUUUGCCAGUGUUCUUUAAGCUGCAAGAUGAGUAGAAAGUAUGCAUCCAAGACAGUCUUACUUUAGUUUACUUGAUUUGAUCUGGGUAAUGCAGUCCGUAUCAGUACUGCUUUUCUUAGGGUCUACGGUACAAACGUUUAAAACACAGUCAAAAACAAUUAAUUGUCCUCCACCUUAUUCUGUGGAAGAUUUAAAAUGCAUAAAACAAAUCAAACAUAAUACACAUCAAAUUAAAUACAUACGUUAAAAGACCAAUCAUUAAGCUUUUUUCUUUAAUAACUGAAUUAAUUGUUUUUCAUUGUGACAUCACACCAUAUUAAAAAGCAAGUCACGUUUGUUGUGAUUUGAUUUUAAUGUUGUGUGAAAAAAUCUACAUCAAAUGAAAAAUAAUUCAGUUAUUGAAUACCCAAAGAACUGUAUGCUUGUCCUUUUAACUGUUUUUUAAAUUUAAUUAUGACAGUAAUUGCAUACAUAAAAAAGGAAAUGUGUCUUACUAUGCGUAUUGUAUUUCAUUUCUCUGAUUUGUUUUCAUUCAGGCAUUUGACAUCUUCCAUAUUAUUCUACACCAAAAUACCAAGAAAAUACACUCGGCUGUCUCAUUACCAAGGAUCCUUUUAUUCUGCAUAGACAUGACAAAAGAACAUUCGUGCAAAUAAUUGUUAUGCAGCAGCUGUCAUGUGCCUCCUGAUGAUUGCCGCCUCCUUAUUCUGCCCAUUAAAUGUUUCAUUAUGUUCAUAA